CUCUCUCUCUCUCUCCCCAACUCUUCUCGAAAGGAACCGACGGCGCUACACUUUCUCUCUCUAAAAAUAUAUACAUGUAUAUGUGUAUGCAUACAUGAGUCUAUCUCUUCUUACAGCCCCGAUACUCUUGUUCUUAUGCCCUCGAUUUCCUCACAAUUUACAAUUUUGUCUGCUCUUUUUUAAUCUGCUUUAAUCGAUAGUCUCGUGAGUUCUUGAGAGUGUGCCCUCCUCUCUCUCCCUCUCUCUCUCUCUCUCUCUAGCUUCGAACAGUUCUCACUCAGAGUAAAGAGACACUCCAAGCCCGAGAACAGGUUAGAGAAAGUUAAAGGAUGCGGCUCUGAUCGUCCACAUGCGUUGAUAGUCUAUUGUUUGGGGCAAUUUAGGAGGGAACUUGUGUUUUUGAUCACAGGUUGCUUAAUUUGUUGCUGAAUGAAUAAGGCUUCAAUGGACAGUCAAUCAUUUGUAGAGCUGCAAGUGCCAUCGGGGGUCCUGACUGGCAUAAAUUUCAGUAUAUUAAAUGACGUAGAGGCAGAAAAGGUAUCGGUUUUAUCAAUAGAUGCGGUAAAUGAGGUGACAGAUCCAAAGUUGGGAAUGCCAAAUCUAACCUCUCAGUGCCCCACAUGUGGUGCCAAGGACGUAAAAAGUUGUGAAGGACACUUUGGGGUAAUCAAAUUCCGAUUGACAAUAAUCCACCCAUAUUUUAUAUCGGAAUUUGCGCAGAUUUUGAAUAAAAUUUGCCCAGGAUGUAAAUCCGUUAGGCGUAAUAGGGUUAAGGGUGCUCAUCCAAAAUCUUGGCAGAAUUGCAAAUAUUGUGAUGUUAGUUUCAGAGAAUUUUAUCCGAGAAUGAAAUUUAAUGUUUCAUCAAAUGAUCUGUUUGGAAAGACUGCAAUUAUAGUAGAAGUGCAGAAGUCAAAUAAGUCUCAAAAUAAAAUUUCUGGAGAUGGUCUGGCCACUGAUUAUUGGGAUGUUAUUCCAAUAGAUGCACAACAACAAGGUUUUACGAAACCAAACAAAAGAAUUCUAUCACAUGCCCAGGUCUAUCAUAUGUUAAAAGAUGUUGAUCCAAAGUUUCUUAGAGAUUUUCUUGUAAAAAAAAAUUCACUCUUUCUCAACUGUUUCCUUGUAACUCCCAACUGUCAUCGUGUGACAGAGUUCGGGCAUCAUGUGAUUUUUGAUGGACGCACAAGGGCUUUCAGAAAGCUGGUUGAUUUUAGAGGAAAUGCCAAUGAGUUGAGUUCCCGGGUUCUUGACGGCCUAAAAACUUCCAAGAUACGAGCUGAACAGUCACCGACUAAUGAUUCUUCUUCCAGUACAUCUGGUUUGAAGUAUGUCAAAGAACUUCUUCUCGGUAAGCGAAGUGAUCAUGCCUUCCGCAUGGUCGUUAUCGGUGAUCCAAACUUAAAACUCAGUGAAAUAGGCAUACCAUGUUAUAUUGCAGAGAGAUUACAAGUCUCUGAGCAUUUGAACAAGUUGAACUGGGAUAGACUGAACACUUGCUGUAAUCUACGGAUUCUCGAAAAGGGUGAGAUUUAUGUUCGCAGAAAAGAUCAGCUUAUUCGUGUAAAUUGUAUGGGUAAGUUGCAGAUUGGGGACAUUGUAUAUAGGCCAUUGAACGACGGAGAUAUCGUGUUGAUAAACAGGCCUCCAUCUAUUCAUCAGCACUCCUUCAUUGCUUUAUCUGUGAAGGUGCUCCCAAUAAAAUCGGUUUUUUCGAUAAACCCGCUCAUCUGUUCUCCGUUCCGUGGGGAUUUCGAUGGCGAUUGCCUACAUGGUUAUGUUCCUCAAUCGAUUGAUGCCAGAGUCGAGCUCCAAGAGCUUGUUGCUUUGGACCGGCAAUUGGUUAAUGGGCAGAGUGGUCGAAAUCUCCUUUCACUAAGUCACGAUAGUUUAACCGCGGCUCAUUUGGUUGUGGAGGAUGGGGUGCUUCUGAACCGUCACCAAAUGCAGCAGCUUCAGAUGUAUUGUCCUCAUCAGUUGCAAUUACCGGCCAUUGAAAAAGCACCUUUAAUAAAAACUAGUUUGUGGACGGGGAAGCAAUUAUUCAGCCUGCUCUUGCCUCCGGAUUUUGAUUAUGUUUGUCCAUCAAAUGGCGUUCAUAUUUGUAAGGGUGAGCUUUUAUCUUCGUCUGACGGGUCUUCUUGGCUACGUGACACCGAUGAAAACCUUUACGAGUGUCUCAUCGAACAUUGCCGAGAGAAAGCUCUCUACUUCCUAUAUUCCGCUCAGCAUGUUCUUUGUGAAUGGUUGUCGAUGAGGGGUUUGAGCGUUUCGUUGUCUGACCUUUAUCUCUCUUCUGAUUUGUACUCGCGUAAAAAUAUGACUGAUGAAGUCUCUUGGGGUUUGCAAGAAGCAGAGCGGAUCUCUCAUAUCAAGUUGUUGAUGGUAGAUGGAAAUCGGGAUUUCCUUAUUGGAAGCGAAGAAAGUCUAAAUGCUAUGAACUUCGGAGCUGAGCGCAUGUGCUAUGAAAAGCAAAAGUCUGCUGCGCUUAGUCAAGUUUCUGCUUCUGCUUUUAAGCAAGUUCUCUGGGAUAUUCAAAACCUAGUCUAUCAAUAUGCUAGUAAUGAAAAUUCAUUGGUGGCCAUGUUAAAAGCGGGAAGCAAAGGCAAUUUGAUGAAAUUAGUCCAGCAUAGCAUGUGUGUGGGUUUGCAGUAUGCAUCGCUUCCGUUAUCUUUCAGAAUGCCACAUCAGCUUUCUUGUUCUGCGUGGAACGAUCACAAGGCCAUUGUGUCUGGUCACGUGACCCGUGAUAUUCCUGAUGAACGUGGUGGGCCUUAUGUUCCAUGUGCUGUGGUUGAAAGUUCUUUCUUAACGGGUUUGAAUCCUCUAGAAUGUUUUGUUCAUUCAUUGACAAGUCGAGAUAGUUCAUUCAGUGACAAUGCUGAUCUUCCCGGAACUUUGAAUCGGAGGCUUAUGUUUUUCAUGCGUGAUUUGUAUGCUGGAUAUGAUGGAACAGUGAGAAAUGCUUAUGGGAAUCAAAUUGUUCAGUUCUCUUAUAAUAUCAAGGACGCUGCUUCUCCAAGUAGUGGUACUGAUGGUUCAUUCUAUGAUAGUGCUUGUGGUGCCGUGGGUGGUCAACCUGUUGGUUCGUUGGCUGCUUGUGCCAUUUCUGAAGCUGCAUAUAGUGCUCUAGAUCAUCCAAUUAGUGCACUUGAAACAUCACCGCUAUUAAAUCUAAAGAAAAUUCUGGAGUGUGGUGUGAAAAAAAUUAGUGGUGAUAAAACUGCGUCUCUAUACUUAUCCAAGAAACUCGGAAGAUGGACACAUGGUUUUGAGUAUGGAGCGUUAGAAGUUCAGUCUCAUUUGGAGAGACUACUCUUUUCGGACAUUGUUUCUACUGUCAUGAUAUUCUUCUCCCCACAGACCUCUAGUGGCCGUGCACAAACCAGUCCAUGGGUUUGCCAUUUUCACAUAUGCAAGGAGAUGGCUAAGAGGAGAAGACUAACGGUGAAGUUUAUUGUUGAUGCCCUCAAAAUGAAGUGGGAAUCCACUAGUGCCAGAUUAAAAACCCAUCUCCCAAAAUUGGAAAUAAUGAUUAAGGAUUGUUCUGAUAUGCAGAAAGAAAAUAAUGCUACAUUUUGCAUCACAGUCACGAUGGUUGAAAGAACCAGGAAUUUGGAUGUACAAUUCAUCACUUUUCGUGACAUGGUGAUACCAUCCCUUCUUGGAACUGUCGUAAAAGGGUUCCCCGAGUUCAAAAAGGUGGAUAUCUCAUGGAAAGAUGGGGCAAAUUUAUCAAGAUCUCAUAGAAGGUUUUCUGGUGAACUCUAUUUGAGAGUUUUUAUGUCAGAGAACUGUGAAAGAACAAAAUUCUGGAGUGCCAUUUUGGAUAGUUGUCUCCAAAUAAUGGAUAUGAUCGACUGGGAGCGCAGUCAUCCCGAUGAUGUUCAUGAUAUGACUUCGGCCUAUGGAAUAGAUGUUGCACGGAAAUGUUUUUUGAGUAGUUUGAAGUCAGCAAUAUCUGAGACUGGCAAGUCUAUACUUCCAAAGCAUUUGCUUCUUGCUGCAGAUUGUCUAUCAACUACCGGAGAGUUUGUUGCCUUAAAUGCAAAAGGGUUUGCAGUGCAAAGAAAGAAUGCUUUCGUCUCUUCACCCUUCGUGCAAGCAUGCUUUUCUAAUCCAGCUGAUUGCCUUAUUAAAGCUGCCAAGAAAGGACUUCAAGAUGAUCUUCAGGGUUGUCUUGAUGAGUUGUCGUGGGGAAAAACUCCUUCUAUUGGGACUGGUGGACGAUUUGAUAUUAUGUAUUCUGGAAAGGGGCACGAACUCACUAAACCUGAAAAUAUCUACGAACUUUUGGGUGGCCAUGUCAGCUCUCAGGAACAGAAUCUAAAGGUGAAGGUACCUGGCGAAUAUAAUGGCAUGUCUGACAAAUGUGACCCUUGGCCUCUGUGCACAUCCGAUGUAUUUUCCACAAAAGGGAAUAAAAAUUUGGAAGUAUCGAAAAAGAUCUUGAGAAGUUUUAUAUCGCUCAAAGACAUUCAAAGGUUGCGUCAAGCAUUGAAGAAUAUUCUACACAGAUAUCCCAUCAAUCAUUCGCUAAAUGAAGUGGACAAGUCUAUUGCAACGAUGGCUCUAUAUUUUCACCCCCGGGGGAAAGAGAAGAUCGGUAAUGGAGCUCUAGAAAUAAAGGUUGGCCAUCACCCUGAGCACGAAGAUAGCCGUUGCUUUUUAUUGGUAAGAACUGAUGGAACGGUUGAAGAUUUCUCAUACCACAAGUGCGUACAUGGUGCUCUUGAGAUAAUUGCUCCUCAAAGAGCAAAAACCUACCAGUCAACGUGGUCAAAGGUACUUACUCCUAAAGUGGAGCUCUCAGACAAGGCCUAAGCGGUAGGUUAUCUGCAGUGGCUGGGUAGUGCACAAAGGGGGAAGGUCUAUCCAGACAAUAUGCUCUUUCUAUUUUUGUUUUACUAACCUUUUUUUUUUUGGAUAGUGAAUUCUCGUCUUUUGUAUUUAUUUAUUUUUUUGUUGUUAAUUAGGGUAGUCCAAUUCUUAUGCUUCUUUUUGCUGCCUCCACUAAAUUUUGUUUCCCUUUGGCAAAGGGAAAGAAUAUUUAGUGGAUGUAGCAAAGAGAAGCUUGGAAAGGGCAGUGCCCCUUUUCAUGCUGUAUCUUUUAUCUUUCUUGCAAUGGAAACACAUGUUUUUUUUUUUUUUUAAAUGUGUGUAUGUAUUCUCUAAAUAAGUAUCUUGGUAUUUCAGCAUAUAUUAUGCUGAGGGUAGUCUAAACUAGUGUUGGAAUGGCAACAAAAAGUAAUUUGUUGCAUGGUGAUCUUGGCUUUGUUAGGGAAGUUUGGUGCAUGUCUUACACUAAUUGCUUGCCAAUUAGGUAGUGUUUGGUUCACUGGAAUGAAUUAUUUGUAAUGUUUGGUUUAUUGGAAUGAAGAUGAAAUGAUCAUUGCAUUA